AUGUCAGGUAUCGAUGUCGAGGCUCUGCUUGAGUCCACAGCCGCUCCCGCCGAGCCCCCUCAGCCAGCUGAAGAGACCCCAGAUAAAAGCCACGAUGAAUCGAGCGGCUCUAGAAGUGAACGUCGCGACCGCGAUCGCGAUAGAGAGCGCAAGCGACGAGACCGAAGCCGGGAACGCCGCCAUGAGAAAGAUGCCGAUGGAGACGAGGAAAUGAAAAGCCCAAAGAGCGAUCGCGCAAGUGCUAACGGGAGCCAUAGAAGCAGAAAGAGAAGCAGAAGCCGUGAUAGCGAAAAACGCCGCUCCCGUCGUGACCGCGACGACCCGUAUCGAUCGUCGGGCGGGGACUACUAUCGCGGGCCUGGCCGGACUACACGUUCCCGCUCUAGAUCGCCGUACGACGACAGAUACUAUAGACCCACCGGCCGCUCCCGUCGGGACGAGCGUGACGAGGAUAGACGCUCUAGCAAGCGCGAUAGGGAUGGCCGUAGAAGAAGUCCCAGUUCUGGCAGGCGCCGCAGCAGGACUCCUGAACCCCAACUUACUGAAGAUGAACGCGAUAGACGAACCGUUUUUGUGCAGCAGCUUGCCGCCCGCUUGAGAACGAAAGAGCUCAUUGCUUUCUUCGAGAAAGUCGGACCGGUCAAAGAAGCUCAGAUUGUGAAGGAUCGCGUGAGCGGGAGAUCGAAAGGCGUCGGUUAUGUCGAAUUCAAGGAUGAAGAAUCGGUCCCACUUGCCAUCCAGCUUACUGGCCAAAAGCUUCUAGGGAUUCCUAUUAUUGCUCAACUAACCGAAGCCGAGAAAAACAGACAGGCCCGCAAUCCCGAGGCCAACGCUAGCGGAAACCAAAAUUCGAUUCCGUUCCACAGGCUGUACGUUGGUAAUAUCCAUUUCAGCAUCACUGAAAGCGAUUUACAGAAAGUUUUCGAACCAUUUGGCGAACUUGAUUUUGUCCAGCUACAAAAAGAAGAAGGGGGCCGCAGCAGGGGUUAUGGCUUCGUCCAGUUCCGCGAUCCAAACCAAGCUCGAGAAGCUUUGGAAAAAAUGAAUGGAUUCGACCUGGCUGGUCGCCCAAUUCGGGUUGGUCUUGGUAAUGAUAAGUUUACCCCUGAAUCGACCGCCAAUUUAUUGCAGCGAUUCCAGGGACAGGGUGCCCAUCAUAACUUCCAGGGUUCGUUAUUCUCUGGCCAUGGUGGUCGUGGAGCUCAAGCCGGCGGUUCCGGUCACUUUGACCGAGCUGGAGGCAGAGACAAUGACAAGGCGGCAGGCGGUGCCAGCGCCCUAGAUGACACGGAUGUUGCCGGUGUGAACUUCAACAAUUAUAGCAGAGACGCAUUGAUGAGGAAACUUGCGAGAACAGAUGAACCUGCUGUCGAGCCGACCCCAGACGAAAAACGUAAAGUACCCAAACCGCAAAUAAACGCUAAGCCGCUGCCCGUGAGCGUGAACAUGGCAAGCAGAUGUGUUCUGCUCAGGAAUAUGUUUGACCCUGCUGAGGAAGAGGGUGAAUCCUGGGUCAAAGAGUUGGAAGACGACGUGCGCGCCGAAUGCGAAGAUAAAUACGGCCAUGUUGUUCACAUUGCACUAGACCCGAAUACCCAAGGAGAUAUAUAUCUCAAGUUCGACCGAGUCCAGGGCGGCGAGAAUGCCAUCAAGGGCCUGAACGGACGAUUUUUCGGAGGGAGACAGAUUAGCGCGCAGCCCGUGGUUGAUGCGGUUUACAGCAGCCUCUUUUCCCGUACCAAAGCGAUCUGA